GGCUUGGUCUUCUCGACAUCAUCAGCUCUCUCCGUAAGACUGACGAAGACGAGGUUUUCAUUCAGUGUCACGUCUUCGACAAAUCGAAAUUUGCUGACGAUGAACAUGCAGAGAGUUUAGGUUUGAAACUGACGACUAGCCACUACGAUCUCUUCCAGUCCGUGUUUGACAAAGUCUAUAACAGCCCACAGGCUUUGGUGUUUCUAAUGAUUUUGCAAAAUCUUAACCGGCUAGACCCUAGUGAUCCUACCAGUGAUCUUGUGUGGGACACACUGAACCGGGUAUUGGAUAAAACUCUCAGUUCACCCAAAGCACCUAUGUUAACUUUACUACAUGACCAGUCAUUUGUUCGCAAAAAGUCUCGGGGUACCCAGACCAAAAUUAGUUAUAAGAAACCCCACUUCUACCAAACCCAAAACAACUUAAUAUCUGCUGUGUCGGGUGACUCUAGAGCGUAUACGUCACGUACUAACUCCGCCAGGAGCACUGGAAACCCAAAUAGUACAAGUUGCAGCUCUAGUGACUCCACAGACGAAGUAUUUACUGAAAAUACAGACCAUAAGUAUAUCAAAAAGAAGACCCAUCUGACAAGUCCACUCCUUGGCUUUUUGACCAUUUCCAAAUCGCACAAAUCAUCAAGCCAGAAACAACCUUCUGUUAAUGCCUCAUCACAAACUGAGAAAAGACAAGUGCAAGAGACAACAAACACGACUGACUCAGCUCCUUUCACAUCAGUAUCAGGAAUAAAUCAAGGAAUGAAUGAACCAUCUUCACGAGAUCUGAGUGGAGAUACACUAUCACAAUCAGUGAUGAGCGAUUCUUUAUCAUCAUCUCCACCGACCCCAUCACCACUUCUUUCUACAACAAGAACAACUCGACCUCCCCCUCCCCCUCCACCACCACCACCUAUUCCUCCGUCGGUAACAACUGGUCCUCCUCCACCACCACCUAUUCCUUCUUCAGGAACAAGUAGUCUUCCUCCUCCACCACCACCAUUACCAGGAAUGAGCAGUGCCCCUCCACCACCACCAUUACCAGGAAUGAGCAGUGCCCCUCCACCACCACCACUACCAGGAAUGAGCAGUGCCCCUCCACCACCACCACUACCAGGAAUGAGCAGUGCCCCUCCACCACCACCACCACUACCAGGAAUGAAGAGUGCCCCUCCACCACCACCUCCUCCGGGUAUCUUACCAAGAGUACUACCAUCUUUCUCCAAACAAAAUGUGCCACCGUACCUCCUUCCUGGAUCAUCGCACACGUUUCCAAAACCCAAACACAAGAUGAAAACCUUGAACUGGUCUAAGAUUCCAAAUGGUCUUAUUUCCCAUGGAAGCUCCUUAUGGAGUGAAUUGCAAGAAGACAACACAGACGUGAAGCUCAACUUUGAACAAAUGGAAGAAUUAUUCUGCCAAAAAGCAAAACAGACAACUGAAGUAAAAUCCAAGAAAGAAUCUUCAGAG